AUGUUCACCACCUACAAGGAUAACCGGGUUCUCCCUGUUGUCAUUAUUGCUGGGUGCCUCGCACUGUAUUACUGCCUUCUUAAUCCGUCCGUGGAAAGAUUCGGCGCAGUGAGAGUCCCUGUGAGCCACUCUUCCGCGUCAGUGACAAAGUCCGCUUCGAAGAUCCCUCACCAACCGCAGCAAACUCGGCCUGGUGGCCAUGGAGAACUUCAGAGCAGCGACGUUCUCUUGAUCAUGAAGACGGGAGGGACCUCGAUGUACCAUCGUCUGCUCGUUCACUUAGUCACUAGCCUUUCUCCAGAGCGAGUUCAUCCAGACAACGUUGUGAUAUACUCAGACUACACAGAAACUAUCGGCAACUUUACAACUAUCGAUAUCCUCACGAACAUGACAGAGGCCACCAAGUCCCAUCCCGACUUCGACGUCUACCACGCGGUUCCGCAAUACGAAGCAAACAACGUCUACAUCGAGCGUGCUAAUAUAGAAGGUGAUCAUGAAGGUCCUGUCGGCGGCUGGGUUAUAGAUAAGUACAAGUUUCUACCGCUCAUGGACCACGCUGGCAAGAACUGGCCCCAUGCACGCUGGUAUGUCUUCGUGGAGGACGAUGCAUAUAUCUUUUUGCCCAAUGUGCUGGGAUAUCUAUCAUCCUUCGACUGGAAGGAGCCGCAUUACCUCGGCAGUUCUGCCUUUAUAGCUAACGUCACCUUCGCACACGGCGGCUCUGGUUUUGCGCUCUCACGAGGUGCAUGGGAGAUGUCGUUCGGAAAGAAUCCGCGAUUGGUGGACGACUUUGCCGAGUAUACCCGCCGGCACGGAUGUGGCGAUCAUAUCCUUGGACGUGCACUGAGCGAAUAUGGGGUUCGGUUUGGAGAAAACGGGGGGGAUGAGAAGUUUACUUGGGGGUUCAAUGCUGUAGUGCACUGGAAGUUUGGUUUCAGGAGUGAAAACUGGUGCACGCCACUUUUGUCAUGGCACAAAGCGCACAGUCGGGACAUAGCGAGAUACUACGAGUUGGAGAAGAGCUGGGACUUCCAGACACCGAUGCUUCAUAGCGACUUCUUCAAAAGGAUGAUCGCUCCAAAUUUAGACAAGAGGCGAGAGUGGUGGGACAACAUGUCCAGUCUCUUCGAGAUCACUUCUGCCAAUGCGAAUUCAUCUCCUGACCCACAGUCCAAGUACAACCGCAGUCUGUGGACCAAUGCCUGGAAGUCUAUCGAUGCAUGCGAAGCAGCUUGUGAGUCAUGGGACAAGUGUAUGCAGUGGAGCUACUACGAUGACCUGUGCCGUAUGGACGACAAGCUGAUUAUGGGGUCCGGGUUUGCACCUGGUAUGUAUCAGAGGAGGACGAGACUACUAAUUACAAGUGGUUGGUUGUUGGAUAGGCUUCAGAAUUGGGAAUGCAACUAG